AUGAGCCAACGGUUGGCGGAGAUGCCUCCGUCAACCUCCACCGUCUUUCUGGCUCAAGCGGGACCGAGCAGUGCAGAAAACGGGUCUCCGGGAAAAAAUGGAGCUCGAAUCGUAAUUUCAAAAGUCAAGAACAUGCUUUACUGCGCCGUCUGCGGAGAUUCGGUUUGUUUUUGAGCUGAUAGCGAGUAGUAAGGUCGCAAAUCCAUUCAUCAUUUUUUUUGCACUCGUGCUCAUAAUUGGUCUUAAUACACACAACUUUUCGGAUGCAAGUCAAUGAGGAAGAUUAUAAUAACCGGAGGUUAUAUGUUGCCAAAGAAUCAAUUCAAAAUCGACUUUCUUCAUUAUCGAGACAACUCUCUGAAAUACAUUCCACAAAAAAUCAUUCAGGCCCUCGGGAAACACUACGGCGUCUUCGCGUGCAACGGCUGCAAAGGAUUCUUCCGCAGAAGUAUCUGGAAGAGUCGCACCUACAUCUGUCGCUUUGGCGGCGACUGCCCAAUAGAAAAAGGUCUUUACUCCAGAAAUCUUGUCAUCUGACUCAUCUAUCUAGAAACGAAUUUUAGUUAAAGAAUUGAGAAACUUCAUAAAUAAUUGAGCAGUGAUUCAGCACCAGAAAGUUGAAAGGUUGUUUUUGCAAAAAUUCAAAACUUUCGGCUUGAAAAUUACUCUUCUUUCUGGGAAACCUGAAACAAAACAAGUUGUCAGAACAGAGAAACGCUUGCCGUGCGUGUCGACUAACUAGAUGUCUCAAAGUCGGGAUGAAUCCUCGUGCGGUUCAAGGCGAAGCCGUCGAGGAGCCAGAGUGGGACGAAGAGGCGAUGCCGGACACCCGGUCAGUCUGUAGGACACGAAGCCAAAUGAAUUAGUCACUUUCGUUCUAAGCCGCUGGAGUUUUCGAAAAGUGACAAAAGGAAUCACCAGCUUAUCUUGACGUGGACCAAAAACGCAUACUUUUCAGAGACAGCGAGACACAGACGGACGUCGCCCAGUGCUCGUCGUACACUCUUGAUUACCACCGAAAAAAAGUGAUCACCACCAAGCAUCUCAGAGCACACGUCCCUUUUUCAGAGGAAAGAAGAGGUGCUACGGACGCUGCGAGAGGUCUUCUCACGGACGGACCAUCCUGAAAAUGGCCAAGGGCCAAAAAGCGGCUCCUACGACUUCAAGCACGCCUUCUACAACAACCAUCUGGUCUCCUUGAGAACACCGGUUGGUUACUCAUCUCGAUGAGCAAAGCGCAUCCCGUUAUGCAGUUGACGCCGACGGGGCACAGACCGGCAACGAUAUCCGACGUCAUCAACGACUUCAGGCGCACAUUCGUUCUUUAUUCUGACCUCCUUCUCUCAGUAGCGGAGUUCCAUAUGUGCUGUGAGGAGGACAAGGUUCGUUUCAUUUUGAACAUUAAUCCUAUAUUCUGUGUGCCACGACUUGAAAUUUCACCGAACGACAUUCCGCUGUUCCGUUGCGUGCUUUCGCGAAGCGUCAUUCGAAUUUAGGUCACGCUUUCAAUGGAUAGUGUUAUUGCUGCUGGAGCACAUGAAAUUGGAGUACCUUAAUAAAAGAAAAAAGUUAAAAGCGCGACCAAGGUUCACAAAGGCGCAUCGGAAUGUCGUUUGAUGAAAUUCCGUCGUGGUACUCAGGCUAUAUUUAAAAAAAUUUCAGAUGAAAAUAGCUAAAUCGAGGUUUGCGGCAUUUUAUUGGUGGAUGACGUCCAAUUGGUCGGUGAUCGCAGGCUGUCCAGGCGUUUGCUACAGCAACGGUACUUACCACCCAAGCGAUCCAGCCGAACAGCCGAUGCCCAAAAUAGACGUCAAGUGAGGAAGGCACCAAGCCAACCAUUCAAAUCUCUACUUAAGAGGUGUGUGUCAAACUUGCACCGAAACUCUCAUUCUGCCUUUGAAAGAGCUCAAAUUGACGGAAGAAGAGCGGCUCAUAGGAGCUCUGCUCGUCAUCUUUGCUGACGGUGAGCUGCAAAUACCAACAUUCUAGCUGAAACCCAUUUUAGCUGUACCAAAUGUGACCGAAGACACAUCGAAUAUACUGGAAAAAGCACGCGACAAUUACAUCGAUAUUUUGAUGAGUUGCUGUAAUGCUGAUGGAGACCUCGAAACUGCAACGAGAAUAGGGAAAAUAAUACUGCUGGUAUCUUCGAUAACGGUAUGUCGUCUUACGUAUUUGGAAGACAUUUCUAUUCAUUUUUUUUUUCUUAUUUUACAGAGUCUCAUAUUCCGCUCAACAGAUAACAUCCAACUCUCCGCUACUCUCCAUGUCGUGGUCUCUGACGACUGGACUUCAGAACUUAUGGACCAUCGAUACAAGCGCCAAUUUUGA